AAUCACGGCUGGCGCGUGUGCAGCAAUGUUAAUAUUAUUUAAACUUAGAAUAUUACAUAAGCUAAUAUAAAAUUAUAAUUCUAUAUUUAAAUUAUAACGGUAAUUUAUUCAAAAUGAAUUCUUAUAACUUUAUACUACGUUUGUUUGUGUAUGUGGUGGUUGUGUGUCCGGUCAUAGUAUGUGCGCACGCGCAGACUGAAAAGAGCUUCGUGAGCCUUGAUCAUGCUCACACCCACAACAAGAUCCCUCCGUGCGCGACGUGCCCCCGCCACGGGCGCUGCGUGCCCAAGGUGCAGUGCCCGGCGCACCUUCGGCCUGGCUCUUACAAUCCGCUCUGCGAACUAGAUGGCGCUGUUGGCGUCUGCUGCUUCACUGGUCUUGGACAUGCUGCGGAAUCAGACCACAUCUCCCGCUCCUCCGCGUCCAUCAGUGCUGAAGACAUCAAGUCCUCGCACAGCCUGUCCGAGAAGAAGCUCGCGCACUGCAUGAGCAAGGCUAACAAACUUCUAGAACAUUCUGCGUACACUGUCCUUAAUACUACGCACCCCAGCUACGGACAUCAUCUGUCAGUGGCAACUCUAGAUAAACGAGCAGCGACUCUUGGUCGAGGCGGCUUGCUGAACCUCUUCGCUGCGCAGGAGUUGAAAGCGCGGCAGGCGAUCUCUGAUGAGGACCUGGAGCUAGGUCUUACCGGACAUACCGACAGUCCAUACUGCCCUCCUCAACCCACCUGCACAGCCCCGAGCCGGUACAGGAGUGUCGGAGGCGAGUGCAACAACCCCCUCCACUCCACCUGGGGGGCUGUUCACACCGGCUACGAGAGGCUCCUGCCACCUGACUACAGUGAUGGUACCUGGGCGAUGCGUACCGCAAUGUCAGGUCUCCCGCUCCCCAGCGCGAGGACGGUCAGCAGCACGCUGCUCCUGGACGGGACGUUCCCCAGCAGGACCCACAACCUCAUGUUCAUGCAGUUUGGACAGUUCAUCGCGCACGACACCAGCGCUGGAGUCGUCUUCACUAAUAAUCAAGAUGAAGCCAUAUCGUGCUGCUUCAACAAUGGUGAAGAUAUCCUUUCUCCUGAGCUGCAGCACUUCGCCUGUGCUCCUAUAACGGUGGCUCCUGAUGACCAGUUCUUCGGAACCUUUGGUCACAAGUGCAUUAACUUCGUGAGGACACAGAUCGCGCCGGCCGAUGAUUGCACAGUUGGUUAUGCUAAGCAGAUGAAUGGCGCCACUCACUACCCAGACCUGUCUCACCUGUACGGCAGCUCGCAACAGAAGCUAUCCUCACUUCGGGCAGCUGACGCUCUUCUGAAGACCUUCAACGAUUACGGAAGAGAACUACCUCCUUUGACAAAGAGGAAGGAAUGCAUGACGGUGAAGGAAGGAGCUGCUUGCUUUGAAUCAGGUGAUCACCAUGGCAACCAGAUCAUCUCUCUCACAGUGCUGCAUACAAUAUUUACGCGGGAACACAACCGAAUCGCUCGAGCUCUUUAUAAGAUAAAUCCUUUUUGGGAUGAGGACAGAGUGUUUUGGGAGACCAGGAGAAUACUGCAGGCUGUAUACCAGCACAUUAUUUAUAAUGAAUGGCUUCCAUCGUUACUAGGUCCUCAAAUACUCAAGACAUUUGGUCUGUACCCAUCAGCAGGCUACUCCUCAGCAUACGAUCCUCACGUGAAUCCUGCCUUGUCAGCUGAAUUUUCCACUGCUGCUAUGAGAUUCGGCCAUUCGGUAGUCGAUGGAAGAGUUAUGAUCCCUAGUCCCAAAAUGGGUGGAGUAUACGAGACCAUAUCGAUCCCCGAGGUGAUGUUCCAGCCGUCUAGGAUGCGACUCCGACACUUCCUCGACAGACUGCUCAUAGGACUGACGACACAACCCAUGCAGACGGUGGAUCCAUUCGUAACUGAAGGGCUCACCCGCUACAUGUUCCACGGCGGCAACCCUUACGGCGUGGACCUGGCCUCCGUCAACAUCCAGCGCGGCCGCGACCACGGCGUGCGCUCCUACAACCACUAUCGGCAGCUUAUCGGACUACCGCCGUACCUCGAGUUCCAGCACUUUGCGCCCAGUGCAGCUCAACGGCUAGCCCAAGUGUAUGAGCGUCCAGAAGACAUAGACCUGUGGGUGGGAGGUCUGCUAGAAGAGCCAGUGGACGGCGGUCUCGUGGGUCCGACUUUCGCCAACAUCAUCGCUGAUCAGUUCAACAGGCUGAAGAGAGGAGAUCGGUAUUUCUAUGAGCACGGGCCUGAUGUGAAUCCUGGAGGAUUUACACCGAGCCAACUAGAGGAAAUAAAGAAAGUAACACUGUCUCGCCUGAUAUGUGAUAAUAACGACGGUAUAGAACUGACAUCGCAGCCGCCUAACGCUUUCCUCAGAGCAGAUUUACCUGGAAAUGAACCGGUGCCCUGCGACAGCCCCAGAAUACUUUCAAUGGAUUUAAACCUGUUCAGAGAAAAUUAAACCUUAUCCAGUUUUACCGAAAUGAGACAAUUCAUUAAAAUUAAAUGUUCUAUGUUACAUUUUGUGCAUUUGAAAUCUUAUCUAACGAACUGUAUAUUGUAUUAUUUUUACUGUGAUUUUUAUUAAUUUCUGUAAAUAUGUAUCCGUGUAUAUUAGUCAGUCUGCUGUGUAAAUUGUGUACAAAUUGUUUUGAUUCGAAUAACUGAUGAAUAUAUGCGAAAUAAUCAAUUGUUUCCUUUAACAAAAGCAUAAAACUAAAAUUAUUAUUAACACAAUAAGGGUUGGCAUUGUUAUUUAAUCUUGGAGUUAAGUUGAAAUUCAUUUGCUUUUUAGCCUUCCUGGGGGUCUAUUACCACAUCGUCAAGUCGUUGCAGUUGUCGUAGUAGGACCCCUGUUCUAUUUUCAUUUUAUUUUUUGUUUCUUUUACUUUUCCUUUUGUUUCAUUCUUACCAAUUACUAGUUUUACAAGCUGACUUUUCAAUUGAUCUAAAUUGUCAACGAUCAUUAUCUAAUCGCAAUUUCUACGCUACUAAUUGAUUUUACAAUCAAUUGAUUCUGUUGCAAAAACGAUCUUCAAUUUUAUUUAACCGUCUCUCAAUCAAGCAUGUUUUUCUUUUUGUGACAAAAUCUUGUUCGUAAAAUGUUUUUAUUUUUAGAUAUUUCGUUUUUGGUGUGAUUGUGGUUAAAUCGAUUGGUUAUUGUCGCUUUUAGAGUCUCAUUGGCGCCCGAACAAUGGGAUUCUAGAAAUUACAAUAGAUAACUGGCAUUUCUACAAGCAAAUGGAAUAAUUGUAUGGAUAUGACAGGACAAAGUCACGUGACUUGCCAAAAAGAAUGUCAUUUCCAUACAUUUUUCUGAUAUCGUUAAAGCUUGGAGAAUUGUCAGUUGGUUGGAGUCUAGUUGGGAUACCAGGAAUGUUAUAUCUUUACGUAAUGGUACUUUAAGUGAUUCUAAAUAAGGAAGUAGUGUGGUAAGAACUAUCUAUUUAAGCGCGGUGAGCUUGAUUACUUCAUCAUAUUAUUUUCUAUAUUCAUCUUCCAUCUUAUAAAUACUUUGAUUGAUUUUUCUAAUGGACUUUUUCUUUUGUUUUUUCCUUCAUUCGACGCGAUUGAAUUCCAACUUGAUUCGGUUUAGGAAAGUACCUGAUUGGGUGGUUUUUUCUUGAAAAAAUCUAUGAAUCGGGGGCCCAAUGGUGUAGAGAAUUGUGGUGAUAAUAAAACGGUAUUUUGCAGUUUACUUUGAAGGAACGAUUAAACAAUACUUUACAUUGAUUUUAGACGUAUUGAUAUAAUUAGAAUAGCAACUUUAAUGGGAAGACAGUGCCUCACUUUCGUUCGUACGGGUUAAUGGGUACUUUGUUAAGUACAUAGGUACGUUUAUACCGUUAAGAAAAUAAUUUAGUUUCUUUCACGUUAGAUGAGAUUUCAAACAAAAAAAGCAACAACUAACCAAACCAACGUUUACGUCAGAGAUGCAAUUUUACACCAGAGAUACUUUUAUUUUGUAAAAUAAAGUCAUCUUAUAAUUUUUUUGAUACAAUGUAUACAUAAAUUUAAAAUACUUUUAAAAUAAUUGACUUUCGAAUAUUGGUGUAAAGCGGUGAAUGGUGGCAAGGUAUCUUUUUAUUUUUGUAAUGUAAAAUAGAAUUUAUAAAUCCCAGUUAUUAACUG